AUGAUGGCCCAAUCUGCAGGGCCAAUUAUAAACUCCUUUAAAGAGCUUUACUAUAUAGUUAAAAGAAAUUUUGGAAAAGAUGUACGCUCAAAUCCAAUAAAAUUAGCGAAAAAAGCGAAUAGGAUAGAUCUAAACAAUUUAGGAGACUUUUUUGGCAAUGAAACUAUAGCAGAUGUUGGAGAAAACCAAAAUUUUACACAGAUAUCUAAUCCAAACUAG